AUCAAAUGUGUAUGCAGUAAUGCUUCUCCUUAGCCCCAAGUGCCAAGUUUUGUGAAUGUUGAGAUCUAUUUUACUGUAUCUGAAUGAUUAUUUUUAACAGACUUUCUCCUGUGUUGAUUCACCGGAAUGUGUUACACAACUGAAUAUGAGGGAACUACUGUCAGUUGGCAUGGAUGGCCCCAGUGUGAAUUUCAAAUUGGUGGAUCUUCUCCAGAAAGAGCAUGCAGAGCUCUACGGAGGUGCUCAGGUUGUCACUGUUGGAAGCUGUGGACUUCACACCCUCCACAAUGCUUUAAAGGCAGGCUUUACUGUCUGGCAGUUAGAAAAACUUCUGCGAGCCAUGCACUUCCUUUUUCAUAAUGUUCCUGCCAGGAGAGAAGACUUCACAAGCCUGACAGGGUCCUCCUGCUUUCCCUUACCAUUUUGUGGCCAUAGAUGGGUCGAAAACAUUCCUGUAGCAGAGAGAGCAGUUGAAGUUUGGCCAGUGAUUAAGACGUAUGUGGAUGCUGCAGAGAAAAAGAGGUUCCCAGUCCCCUGCACAGCCUCAUAUGACACCAUAGUAGCAGCACAAAAGGAUCCUUUCAUUAUUGCAAAGCUCCAGUUCUUUCUGGCAAUUGCAAGGACUUUCAACCCCUUCUUGACAAAGUUCCAAACCGAUGAGCCAGUGUUGCCCUUCUUGGUCAAAGAUUUGACUGAGCUGCUGAUGAGUUUACUGAGGCGGUUUGUUCAGCGAGAGCUCCUCCAGGACCUCACACCCCUGCAGCUGAUCAAAACAGAACUAACAGAUGAAAAAAACUUGUUCUCCCCUAAGAGUGUAGACAUAGGCCUGGGUGCUGAAUCUGCUAUCAAGGUGAUGUGAUCAUUCAGCAGUUCACGUCAUUGCUUUCCCUUGAGGGCAGAGAUGAACGCUUCCGCUGUUUUCAGCCUGUGAAGCAGCGCGUGGAUGUGUUUCUACACUCAGCGCUCAGCACACCCUACCCUGACCUAUUGAAGUUCUGCCAGAGCCUUUUACUGCUGUCGCAUGGACAAGCCACCGUGGAGAGAGGCUUCUCCAUAAACAAGGAGGUGGAAACAUGUAACCUUCUAGGUGAAUCCUUGGAGGCACUGAGGUUAAUGUGUGACAGUGUCAGUAGCUGUGGUGGUGUCCUCAAGGUGCCUUUAACCAAGGACCUGCUGGCCUCUGUGGCCUCAGCAAGGUCCCAGUACAGGCUAUACCUUGAGCAAGAACGCAAAAAGAGGGAGAGUGCUGCUCAGACAGUGAAGAGGAAGGCCGCAAGGGAAGAACUAGAGGAGCUCAGACAGCAAUGCAGAGUCCUGGAGGAUGUCUGUGCCAUCCUUGAAAAUGAUGCCAACAAGUUGGCCGAGGAGGCAGAGGGGAAGGCUGGGUCAAAAAUGGCCCAGCUUAUCGCUAAGUCCAAUACACUCAGAAGGAGAUACAAAGAGAAAAAAGAGGAACUGGUUAAAAUGGAGAAAACUAUUGAAGAAAAGGCCAUGCAAUUAAGACACUUUCCGUAAGAUUCUUUUGCUCAUGAGUUCAUAUUAGGGCUAUAGAACAGGUUUAUGUUAAAAUCAAGUAAUAGCAGUCCACUAGUUCAUGUAGUGGAUGCCAGUUUGUGAAGUGAUAUCAGCAAGAGUUCAUAUAGCAGAUGCCAGCUUGUAAUGCGUCAGCAGUUCGUGCAGUGCAUGCCUACCUCAUGGAA